GGGGCGGGGCUAGUGGUUGCAAGAUGGCUACAAGUGAUGAUGGUGUCUUGUUUGGUGGAGUGGAAUGGAGCAGCUCUCCCGUUACCUUCCAUAGGAACAAGGGGAAGAAUGUUGAGCUAACAGAGAGUAACACAGUAGCCACUAGGACUGAGAGCUACCACUAUGGUAUAGUGUUCACCAGUAAGCCAAUGGUUGCUGGACAGAUGCUCAAGGUCACUAUCACUGUGACAGAGAGGGGUAAACAAUGGAUGGGUGGAAUGGAGAUUGGUUUCACUGGAGAGAAUCCGGAGGACUCAACACUGACACAGUUAGAAUAUUUGACAUGGAGAGAAGAGCACAAGCAUUUACUGCGUACUUUCUUCACUUCUCUCCAUUACAAGGAGAAGGAACUCUGUAAUCUGGGUUUCAACACUAAAUAUUUUGUAGUGGGUAAUUCCUUAGGAAUGUUGCUGACGCUGGAGAAGGAGGUCCACUGGUUUGUGAAUGAUGUGUGGAGAGGGUCUGUACGUGUGGAGGACUACCCCCUGGACACACCUAUGUGGGGGGCCGUGGACGUGUAUGCACAAUGUAAGCAAGUCAAGUCAGAGAUUUGCACUGUGUCCAGGUACAACCCUGACUCAGAGAGGAGGCUGAGAGAGAUGGGAGUGGCAAUGGCACAGGAUGCAAGGCCUAAAGAACAGGCAACACCUCAAGCAGCAGGAAGACAGUCAUUGUUUGCAAGAAUUCUAGGGUUUGGAUCAACUAAGUCACGAAAUGAUGUCACUAAAACAGUCUCAACCCCACUUGUGGAAGAUAGUCAACUUCAACAACAACUAACAAGAGCUAAUGAACUGCUCACACAAUCACGCUCAAACAAUCAAGAGCUUCGACGAGAGGUGACAGAAAAAGGCGGAGAAAACACUCGACUACAGCAACAACUAACACAUGCCAACGGACAAUUGACACAUUCCAAUGACCAACGACAGAGAUCUGACGCAGAGAACCAACAGCAGACAGCUCGACUACAGCAACAACUAACACUUGCCAAUGACAUGUUGAGACAACGACAGAGAUCUGACACAGAGAACCAACAGCUGAUAGGGACCCUCAGAGGACAAGUGGACGUCCUCCAACGAAGAGUGGCCUCUCUCUCAGCCACUAAUCGUAGCAGCCACCCUCAGGAGGUGGAGUUCUGGCAGGUGUCUCCAGAGGAGGUGUCUAUUAGAGAGGACGAGAUUCUUGGCCGAGGGGCCUGGGGUUACGUUGCCAAGGGAACCUUUAGAGGAACAACGGUGGCCGUUAAACGAGUGUAUCCUGAAAUCCUACAACAGACUACGGUGGAUCGAAUUCGUCGUGAGAUUCGCACCAUGGCUCAGAUCCGCCACCCCAACCUUGUCCUCUUUGUUGCUGCCGUCCUCAACGAGCAAACAGGUCCCAUGAUUGUCACAGAGCUCCUGGAUACCUCUCUACGUUCUGCCUACCAGGACAAUCGUGUUGGUCCCAACAAGCGAAGGAUCUUUGGAGACAUCUCCUCAGCUCUGGUUUAUCUCCACCGACAGAGGGAUCCCAUCAUCCACAGAGAUGUGAGCUCUGCUAAUGUCCUCCUUCUCUCUCUACCCAACAACGAAUGGCUUGCCAAGCUCUCUGACUUUGGAUCAGCUAACCUAGCUCGAGAUGCCACUACUCCUGGAGAAGGUGCUAUCCUGUACACUGCCCCUGAGGCCUAUCCCCAACCACCUUCAUCACGUCAACCACCACCACAACAGACGACAAAGAUCGAUGUGUACAGUUUUGGAGUGCUUGCUUGUGAAGUGGUGACACGAACAUUUCCGAAAUCUGAACUGUUUUAUCGUCUGCUAUCGAGUAUGGAGGGUGUAUGGCGGGAGCUCCACCCACUCAUCACCUCCUGUGUUUCUCACUCCCCUCAAGACAGACCCUCCAUGGACACUGUGCUACACCACAUCAAACAAUUGGACUCAGAGCCUUGAGGACAUUUAGUGUCAUUUCUGUACGUGUGAUGUGUCUAUAUAUUUUCCAUUGUACUGGACCUCCAAGACUAGCGAUAUAUAGCGAGAUGCAUUUAUAAUUAUGUUUGAGUUUAAUAGUGAAUUAUUUUUGUGUGAAAUAAUUGUAGUCAUGAAUUUAUUUUCUUUCA